GCCAUUCGUCGUACGAAAUAAAUUUGAAAGGGCUUAUAUAUAGCAACACUCAUCACCCAGCCCUUCUCUUUUACAUCUAUAAUAAAAAUGUUUAAAAAGAUACUCAUCACUACUACUGCCUUAGUUUGUUCAGUACAGGCGGCAUGGGUGCUGCAAACAACAUCCGCUGGGUCCAACUUCAUCAAUGCAUUUGAUUAUUUCACAGAGGCAGACCCUACGCAUGGUUUUGUUCAGUAUGUUGAUGGAGCCACGGCAGUCAACAAGCGUUUGAUCUAUACUGUGAAUGACCAAGUAGUGAUCAAGGCUGAUAAUGCGACUGUCUCUCCCAAUGGAAGACCGUCUGUGCGUAUUGUUUCUAAAAACGCUUAUAACAGGGGCUUGUUUCUGAUGGACCUGGAGCAUAUGCCAACAGGCUGUGGUACAUGGCCUGCUUACUGGAUGGUGGGCGAUAAUUGGCCAAACCAGGGUGAGAUCGAUAUUCUAGAGGGUGUGAAUAAGCAGACCUCAAAUUCGGUCACGUUGCAUACUAGCGCAGGAUGCACAAUGGAAGGUGUACCACGUACGCAAACAGGAACUGUCACUAGUGCCAAUUGUGAUGUACAAGCACCGGGUCAAGGUGCUAAUGUGGGCUGUGGAGUCUCUUCGGGCAAUACAAAUACGUACGGCACGGGGUUCAAUGGGAAUAAGGGAGGUAUCUAUGCUACACAAUGGACUGCAGAAGAAGGUAUCAAGGUCUGGUUCUUUCCACGUAAUGCGAUCCCUGGAGAUAUCCAUAGUAACACACCCAAUCCUCAAGGGUGGGGAGUGCCUAUGGCUAGUUUUCCAUUCGGAGCUAAUUGUGCUGCCUCUAAAUUUCGAGACUUACGUAUUGUGAUGAAUCUGACGUUUUGUGGAGAUUGGGCAGGCAGCGUAUAUGGUAAUUCAGGGUGUCCAUCCAAUUGUGUGGAUUACGUCAAGAACACACCUUCUGCAUUUAAUGAAGCUUAUUGGAAGAUCAAUUCUCUUCGUAUUUAUCAAUAAUAAUAAUAAUAAAAAAGAGACUGAAACAGA